GGUUUAGUAAUCACUACUGCAGUUCUGAAGUCGAGACGCAGGGUGUCGCUGUUGGCUAGUACUAAGCGAAGUGCUAGCAACUUCUGACGCAAAGGAAUCGCCACCAAACCGCGGAGCCAGGAAAACGGUGCACUUUCUCUCCGGCUCUCUGCAGAAGAGAGAUCUAUCAAAGAACCUGCCUGCCAAGACAAAUCGAGCGAUCACUAUUGCUCAGAGAGUUCUUCGGAUUGUUUGCGAUCGCUGCUCUUCGGAAUCAGUAAGGCAAAGGCUCAGAAAAGGGAAUGGGAAACCUCUGGGGACCGCAGGGCCGGGCUGGGCGGAAGAGAAUGCCUUUUUUCCUGCUGCUGCCUCUGUUCUGCCCCGCGCUGUCCGAGCCGACCCGCUACACUAUUCCGGAGGAGCUGGCCAGGGGCUCCCUAGUGGGGAACCUCGCCAAGGAUCUGGGGCUUGGCGUUCGAGAUUUGCCUACUCGGAACCUGCGGGUUAGUGCUGAGAAGAAAUUCUUUACAGUGAGCACGGAGAGCGGGGACUUACUUGUAAGCGACCGUAUAGACCGUGAGCAGAUUUGUGGCAAAAAGUCGACAUGUGUUCUGGAAUUCGAAAUGGUUGCUGAAAAGCCUUUGAACUUCUUUCAUAUAGCUGUGAUCAUUCAGGAUGUGAACGACAACCCACCGACCUUCAGCCGAAAUAUCACUGAACUGGAAAUUAGUGAGCUGGCCCUAACUGGAGCCACCUUUGUCUUAGAAUCCGCACAAGACUCAGAUGUCGGGGUCAAUUCCCUGCAGCAGUACUACCUCAGCCCAGACCCACACUUCUCUUUGAACCAGAAAGAGGACCCUGAUGGCAGCAGGUACCCAGAACUGGUAGUGAAGGCUCCCCUGGACAGGGAAGAAAAGUCCUGCCACUACCUGGUCCUCACCGCUGUGGAUGGGGGUGAGCCUGCCAGAAGCUGCUCUACCCAGAUCAGGGUGGUUGUGGUGGAUGCAAAUGAUAACCCACCAGUGUUCACCCAGGACGUGUACAGGGUCAGUGUUCCAGAGAACCUGCCAGUUGGCUCCUCUGUGCUAAGAGUGACAGCCACUGACUUGGAUGAGGGUGUCAAUGCCGAGAUCACCUAUGCUUUCAUCAACACUGGUAAAGCAGUGAGACAACUGUUCGAGCUGAACAGUAAAACAGGGGAACUCUCCAUUGGCGGAGGACUGGACUUUGAAGAGAGAGAGCACUACAUAUUUCGGGUAGAGGCAAAGGAUGGUGGACAUCACACAGCACAUUGUAAAAUACAAAUAGAUAUUUUGGAUGAAAAUGACAAUGCUCCUGAGAUAACCCUGGAUUCUGAAUCUAAACUUAUACAAGAAGAUGUAGAGCUAGGGACUGUGGUUGCCCUGAUCAAAACACAUGAUCUGGAUUCUGGAUUUAAUGGGGAAACUCUGUGCCGACUAAGUGGAAGUUUCCCAUUUAAAAUAGUUCAAGAAACAAAAAACACGUACAAGUUGGUUACAGAUGGAGCCCUAGAUCGAGAGCAGACUCCAGAAUACAACAUUACCAUCACAGCCACCGACAAAGGCAAACCUCCCCUCUCCUCCAAUAGAAGUGUCACCUUGAACGUAGCUGAUGUCAAUGACAAUGCUCCGGUUUUCCAACAGUCCGCCUACCUGGUUCAUGUGCCAGAAAACAACCCGCCAGGGGCCUCCAUUGCGCAGGUCAGCGCCUCCGACCCCGACCUGGGACCCAACAGCCUCAUCUCCUACUCCAUCGUGGCCAGCGACCUGGAGCCACAGGCGCUGUCCUCCUACGUGUCAGUGAACGCGCAGAGCGGCGUGGUGUUCGCGCAGCGCGCCUUCGACCACGAGCACCUGCGCGCCUUCCAGCUGACGCUGCGGGCCCGCGACCAGGGCUCCCCAGCGCUCAGCACCAAUGUCAGCCUGCGCGUGUUGGUGACCGACCGCAACGACACGCCAAGGGUGCUUUACCCGGCGCUGGGUCCCGACGGCUCUGCGCUCUUCGACACAGUGCCGCGCGCCGCGCAGCCGGGCUACCUGGUCACCAAGGUGGUGGCUGUGGACGCGGACUCGGGACACAAUGCCUGGCUGUCCUACCACGUGCUGCAGGCCAGCGAGCCUGGACUGUUCAGCCUGGGGCUGCGCACUGGCGAGGUGCGCACAGCGCGUGCUUUGGGUGAAAGGGACGCGGUCCGCCAGCGCCUGCUGGUCGCUGUGCGUGACGGGGGACAGCCGCCUCUCUCGUCCACUGCCACGCUGCACCUGGUCUUCGCUGACAGCCUGCAAGAGGCCCUGCCGGACCUCACUGACCAUCCCGAACCCUCCGAUCCCCAGACCGAGCUGAAGUUUUAUCUGGUGGUGGCCUUGGCCUUGAUCUCCGUGCUCUUCCUCCUGGCGGUGAUUCUGGCGGUGGCGCUGAGCCUGCGAAGCUCCUCCGGCCCCGCUGCUUGGAGUUGCUUUGGAACUGGUGGUGUCUGCUCCAAGACCGGACCUGGGAUUUCCCCCAACUACUGCGAAUGGACUUUGCCCUAUUCUUACAAUCUGUGUGCGGCCUCACACUCCUCAAAAACUGAGUUUAAAUUUCUCGAUAUAAACCCUGAUAAUGCUCCACCACAAGAUCUUCUAUGUAAUGAAGCCUCUUGGUUUGAAAGUAACAGCAAUGACAAUCCCAAAGUGACUUCUGAUUCAGUCCAUUUGCAGCAGGAACUUGACAGAGGCUCCUUCGUGGGCAACAUCACCAACGAUCUUGGUCUGAAGCCUCAGGAACUGGUGGAGCACGGAGUCCGCAUCGUCUUCAGAGGUAGGACACCCCUCUUUGCUCUGAAUCCCCGAAGUGGCAGCUUGGUCACCGCGGGCAGAAUAGACAGGGAGGAGCUCUGUGCUCAAAGCUUGCGGUGUGUGGUGAGUUUUAGUAUCCUUGUUGAGGACAAACUGAAUCUUUAUCCUGUAGAAGUGGAAAUAGUAGACAUUAAUGAUAAUACACCCCGAUUCUUAAGGGAAGAAAUGGAAGUGAAAAUUCUCGAGAAUGCAGCCCCAUCCUCUCGUUUUCCACUAAUGGAGGUCUCUGACCCGGAUGUGGGAAUGAACUCUCUUCAGGGCUUCAAGCUCAGCGGGAAUAGUCACUUCUCAGUGGACGUACCAAGUGAAGCUCCUGGGCCCAAAUACCCAGAGCUGGUGCUGGAACGUGCUCUGGACCGGGAGAGAGAGUCCAUUCACCAUUUGGUUCUUACUGCAAUGGAUGGUGGUGACCCUGUCCGUUCAGGUGUGGCACGAAUUGUGGUAACUGUCCUAGAUGCCAAUGACAAUGCGCCCAUGUUUACCCAGCCUGUCUAUCCUGUGAGUGUUCCUGAAAACCUGCCGGUAGGUACCUCAGUGUUGUCAGUAAAUGCCACCGACCAGGAUGAAGGAGUCCACGCUGAAAUAACCUAUUCCUUUGUGAGGGUAACAGAAAAGAUCUCAAAACUUUUCUCCUUGAAUGUGUUCACUGGAGAAAUAUCAACUUCUGCAAAUCUAGACUAUGAGGACUCCAGUUUCUAUGAGCUAGAUGUUGAAGCCCGGGACCGGGCAGGCCUACAGGACAGAGCGAAAGUCUUAAUAACCAUCUUGGAUGUGAAUGAUAAUGUACCAGACAUAGGAGUCACAUUUGAAAGCAAGUCAGUUGCUGAAAGUAUGCCUCCAGGAACAGUGAUUGCUAUUUUUCAAGUAUAUGAUCAUGACUCAGGAAUGAAUGGCCAGGUAACAUGUUCCAUCUCAAGAAGUCUGCCCUUUGAGCUAGAAAAAUUGGUUGACAAUUAUUAUAGAUUAGUGACCAAUACAGUUCUAGAUCGAGAACAGGUAUCAAUGUACAACAUCACAGUGACAGCCACAGACAAAGGAGUGCCGCCUCUGUCUACAGAAACAGUCAUCUCCCUGAAUGUGGCAGACACCAACGACAACCCACCUUCCUUCCCCCACUCCUCCUACUCUGUCUAUGUCCCUGAGAACAACCCCAGAGGGGCCUCCAUCUUCUCUGUGAAUGCUCACGACCCUGACAGCAAUGAGAACGCCCACAUCACCUACUCCCUGGAGGAAGACACUAUCCACGGUGCACCUCUAUCCUCCUAUGUCUCCAUCAACUCUGACACUGGUGUCCUGUAUGCAUUGCACUCCUUCGACUAUGAGCGCUUCCAUGACUUGCAGUUGAAAGUGACUGCACAUGACAGCGGGGACCCUCCACUCAGCAGCAACGUGUCACUGAGUCUGUUUGUGCUGGACCAGAAUGACAAUGCACCUGAGAUCCUGUACCCUGCUAUCCCCACUGACGGUUCCACUGGUGUGGAGUUGGCACCUCGCUCUGCAGAACCUGGCUACCUGGUGACCAAGGUGGUGGCAGUGGACAGAGACUCAGGCCAGAAUGCCUGGCUGUCCUACCGCCUGCUCAAGGCCAGCGAGCCAGGGCUCUUUGUGGUGGGGCUGCACACGGGUGAGGUGCGCACCGCGCGUGCUCUGCUGGACAGAGAUGCGCUCAAGCAGAGCCUGGUGGUGGCUGUUCAGGACCACGGCCAGCCCCCUCUGUCGGCCACCGUCACGCUCACAGUGGCUGUGGCUGACAGCAUCCCAGACGUUCUGGAAGAGCUGGGCAGCCUGGAGGUCCCGCACAAUUCUGAUGUUUCAGGCCUCACGCUGUACCUGGUUGUGGCGGUGGCCGCUGUCUCUUGCAUCUUUCUUGCCUUUGUCAUGGUGCUGCUGGCGCUCAGACUGUGGCGCUGGCAAAAGUCACGCCAGCUGCAGGCUUCUGGAGGUGGGUUGGUGGGUGUGCCCGCCUCGCACUUUGUGGGCGUGGACGGGGUGCGGGCGUUCCUGCAGACCUAUUCCCAUGAGGUCUCCCUCACCGCGGACUCUCGGAAGAGUCACCUGAUCUUCCCGCAGCCCAACUAUGCAGACACGCUCAUCAGCCAGGACAGCUGUGAGAAAAGCGAGCCGCUUUUGAUUCAGGAAGAUUCAGGGUUGUGUAAAGAGGAAGACUCCUUUACUCAGCAAGCCCCACCCAACACGGACUGGCGUUUCUCCCAGGCCCAGAGACCUGGCACCAGCGGCUCCCAAAAUGGUGAUGAGACCGGCACCUGGCCCAACAACCAGUUCGACACGGAGAUGCUGCAAGCGAUGAUCCUGGCCUCCGCCAGCGAAGCUGCCGACGGGAGCUCCACUCUGGGAGGGGGCGCUGGCACCAUGGGCUUGAGCGCCCGCUACGGGCCCCAGUUCACCCUGCAGCACGUGCCCGACUACCGCCAGAACGUCUACAUCCCCGGCAGCAACGCCACGCUGACCAACGCGGCAGGCAAGCGGGACGGCAAGGCCCCGGCAGGCGGCAACGGCAACAAGAAGAAGUCAGGCAAGAAGGAGAAGAAGUAAAGCGGAGGAGGCCGGCCCGGAGCCACAGGGCCGCCUCCCCUCAGCCAGCCCAGCCUCUCCCAACCUGGACCCAGGCCUGGGGUUUCCAGGGCUCACCCCAGGAUCCUGGUGGGCCCUGGGCCAUGCUGCCCUUGGGAAACAGAAACAAGUGCCCAGUCAACACCCCCCUCUCUGCCCCCAGGGGUUCGAAUAUGCAAAGGGAGUUCUGCUGGGACUCCCCAUCCAAUCGACUGCUGUGCCGUGGGGGCAGCGGGUCAGGGCGGGCAGCGCUGACCACACUGCUUCAGUUACAGCUGAACUCCUCCACCUCCAGAUCCAGUCAGGCCCGGCCGCCGCCUGCCCCCUCCCGCCCAUGCCACCCCUCCAUCAGCAGCUCCUCUUUCUUCAGUGAGCUGGUGGGGGUGUUGAGGUACCUGGUGACCUAAAAAGGUUCCUAGUUCUGAAGAGUUGGAAGGGCGUCGUGACCUCUUGGCCUACCUUUCAAUUCUCAAACUUCCCCCAAAGUGUGGUUUGGUGCCAGGCCUUCUCCUCCUUCCCCAGCCUGAGACCCAGCUCAUGUUUUGGGUCACGUGGUCACCAUUCCGUGGUACUGAUGCUUGCUGGAUUUAGGGAGAGCAUUUUGCUACCAUGCCUCUUCCCGAUGUUCUAGGGACCAGUUGUUUUGUUUUGUUUUGUUUUCCAUUGUUUGAUGUCUCCACUGCAUGCUGUGGCCGCCCCUCCCCAACCAGAGACUUCACUGCAUGUUCCAAGACAGUGUGGGGUGGUCGGACAAAGAAGGACAGAGUGUGCAUGUGGCGGGGGAGGGGUGGGCACAUCUUGACCCAUCAGUUAACAGUUACCAGGAGGCUCCGUAUGUCCCCAGGGUACUGACCAGAUCUUUCUAGCCAUAAACCAAGCACCAGGCCGGACCCUCAUCUACUGCAGGCUGUGGGCUGAGCAGCCAGCACCAGUGGAUCUAAACUGGCCUUACGGUCCAAGGAAAGUCUGAGCAGGUUUGGGACCGGGUCCCCCGAAGAGAUCAGAGUGGCCUCUGUGGGUGCUGGGUACUCCAGAGGUGCCAAUAGUGGAAGGAUCAGUAUGCACCCCCCCACCCCGCCGACCCUGGCCCCCCAGGCCUGGAAGGGAGGGCCAGCUAGGCCGCUCUUGGUUCCCGGGCUGGGGAGGCAGAGGGGCUAGAGCAGGGAUCGAGCGGACAGAAGGUCUCAGCCGGAGGCUCAGGCUUCUCCACGGGGCCCCUGCAUUCCCCAAGGCUGGGUCCUUCACCUUGCCAGGUGCCAUUUCUUCUCCGUUAAGGCCACUGCCCAGGCCCCCGGUGUGCCCCCUCGUGGCCAGAGCCUGGUUCAAGUCCCUAGUGCCUCCUUGUGCAUAACCCUAACUCUGUCCACCCACUUCUACCCCCGGAGUCCCGUUCACGCACCGGGGCUGAGCGAGAACCCCACCCUAGUCCUCACAGUAGUGUAGAGACCCCUCCCCCUCCUUCGGCUGGUGUAGAAUAAGCCAAUAGUGUAGUGCGGUGUGCUUUCCCGUGAUGGCGAGUGGGCAGCGGGCAGCGGGCUCCGCGCAGCCCUCUGUCCUCGAAUUUGCCCGCGGUGGCCCGUGCUGUGUUUUGUGCUGUGUCCACACGCUGCGGCGACCCCUCCCCGAUACUGACUCCUAUAAGCGCUUCUCUUCGCAUAGUCACGUAGCUCCCCACCCCUUUCCUGUGUUUUACGCAAGUUUUAUACUCUAAUAUUUAUAUGGCUUUUUUCUUUGAAAAAAAUAAAAAGGUUUCUUCUGAAAGUU